GAAGAUCGUCGAACAAUAUCUGAUCGAGAGAGUAUCAAUAUUUGGUGUUUGUCAUGAAUUAGUUAGAUGCGAAUUUCGUAGUGGACGAGGGAAGUGGUCGGGUUUUUGUUGAGGGCGAGAGCGAGAGGGCUUAGUGUAAUAUGUUGGGGGCUGUUCGAUGACGCCGGAGGGUGCGCGCCAUAAAUCGCGCAACCACAGCAAAAUUCGCAAAUCGAAAAACGUGCGCCAAAAAAAAAAGGAGGAGAAAAGCAAGCGUCAAGUGUUUGUCCAUUCUGAGAGCGGUGUGCAUGCAAGGUUGUUGCCAUCUGCGACGGUGGGCGUCGUUGUUGUUACUGUAGAGUUUCUCGAAGAGUUCUUUCGGCGGAUGGAAACGUGUGCACGCGUUCACUGCUGCAAAGGAGGAAGAAAAUCGAUAGACGCCAGAACGAACGACCGCCCGCCCGCCACAUCGGGGUGGAAAAGUAGGGUUGGUUUUAUGUGUGAGUGUGCAGACGCCGGUUACGUCACCGGUGCUCAAAACUGGUGGGGUGCGGUUAAUGCAGCAACGGCGGCGGCGGUGGCAGCAGCAGCAUCAGCGGAACUCGCCGCAGAACUGCACCAACACCCAACGGCGGAUGGUGGAAACGCUCAACCCACUACUACCAGUAACAACCAUACAUCCAUCCAUCUUCCAUCCGGGCAGAAAGCGAAGCAGCAGCAAUACCAAUUACAAUAGUAAAGAGAGAGAGAUAAGAGUAGAAGAGGUAGAGGAAAGAGGAGGAGCACUUUCGAUUUCGACGCCGGACGUCUUACUAAUUAAGAGCCGUGACCUCCCUCCCAGAAGUUGGUGCACGGGUUGCGAGAGUUGAACACGUCGGAGGAGGUGAUGCAGUGAUUGCGCGAUUGAUAAACUGUGAAUCGUGUCGUGUAGAUUAUAGAUAGUAGCCGCAGUCUAAGUACGCAGUGAAGGUGCAAGUACCAAGUACCGCGUUGGUUGGUAUCCGUUCAGUUCGAAAAUAGUAAAGGGUGUUAUAGUUGAAGAUGCCGCAAUGUGCGGUGGCCGGGUGUAGCAACACGCACCGGAAGACGAAAGGAGGCUCCAUCAGGUACCAUCGGUUUCCCGGUGAUGAGAGGACGCGCGCGCACUGGAUCCGCGCCUGCGGAAGACACGUGCAGAAUUGCGCGACGGCCCGCAUCUGCUCCAGACACUUCACCUCCGAGUGCUACGAACGCGACGUCCAGAACGAGGUGCUCGGAUUGCCGACGAGAUGUCGCCUCAGGAAGGGGGCGCUGCCCGAUCUGCAUCUGCCCGCCGGCAGCGGACGCCCACGGGAGCAGCAGGACGUCAGCAAGCUCAAGGACAGCGCCAUCGCUGUCCUCCUCGCCGUCGGCCUGGUUCCCAAUCGGAAGAGCAUCGCAGGCGGUGGCGGAGGCAUGCCCGAAGACCUGAACAAGAUGCACGUAAUGGAGGACGUGAAGGAAGGAUGCGACACCCAGCAACAGCCGUCAUCGCCGGGGCACGCUGAGCAGGGUCGCACCGAGGAGGCGCAGACCCAAUCGGACGAAGAACAACCGAAGAGUCCGACGGAGACGAGCGUCAAAGUGCAGGAGGACUUUGAUUUUCACUCGUUCGAGGUGAAGCAGGAGGAUCAGCCGAUCGUCCCUAAAUGCGACACCUCGCAGAAGCGGAAGAACGUGGAGCCGGAGGAGACGCCACCGAAGAAGCAGAAAUCUGAAUUGCAGCAGGAGUUCACGCUGCGCAACAAGAUCCUCUCCGAUUUCACCGAUUGCCUGGACGUGACGAACGAGGACCAGAUGCAGCUGCAGACCGAGCAGAUACUUCAGGACAUCCAGAAGCUCGGCGAUUUGGCCAAGGAGAAGGAGCGCGAAUGGAACAACAUCCUGACCGUGAAGAAGAUGAAGGAGGAACUUCUGAUGCGCAUCCAGCGGCAGAAGCAAGUGUACCUGCUCAGCAAUGGUCUGGAGAUAUCGGAAACCGAUCCGGAAGACCGGGGUAACGGCGAGUCGCGCAGCAAGCAGCUGAUGCCGAAGAAGCGACAAGAGUUGCGCCACAAGAUGAGAAGUUACGAGAUGAACGGUCACGAUGCGAGGAACAACAACAACAAUGGCAACAGUAAUAAUAACAGCGGCAGCAACAAGCAGAGGCCCGUGAGAGACGUGCAGUCCAUCAUAGCCGAUUACAGACAAAGACAUCCGGAAACGGUGCCAAGGCGGGGGCGGCGGAUCCGAUCGAACGGCCACGGCGGAAGCGGCGACGGCUCCUCGAGAAUAUCCAACACCGGCAUCAUUAAUUUCUCGAAUGUCGCCCUGGGUUCCGGAUCUCAGGUCAGGCAGAACCUCAACAGCUCGAUCGAUUCCAACAGCGACAUCGGCAUGUUACUCAGUGCUAUGGACGCCGCCAACCCGGAUCUGUCGAGCUCCUCAAACUCGGACGCGCAGGACAACACAUCCUUCAAGGAUAUCCUGGUGCACUUCGCCAAGAUGUCGCAGUCGGAUAAACAGGAACUUCUGCAGAAUACUAUGAAACCUCCGCCUCCUUACCCGGAAGUCACGGUGCAUCCUGUUUCUACGACCACUCCGCCCACCAACUCCUUACUCCAUGGCAUUUUAACUAAAGCUCAAAGCAACAAAACAGAUAAUAAGACUACAUUUAGCCCGACAUUGGCGAGGCUGCUGACUGCUCCCGAGUGCUCCGUAGCAUCUCAGAACCAAUACUCUCCCGGGAACAAAGCUUCCAAGGUUUCGCUAUCGGACAUACUUAGCACGAACAAGGAGGACGAAGAGGCAGAGGACAGCGUCGACAGAUUGGUGAUCGACGAGAGCGGCGAAAUCGUCGAUAGGGCGGACACCAAUUCUGAUAAUGGGGAUGAGGUGCCCCAGUGCCAGGGAUGCAACCAGAAAGCAGCUCAAUUCGUGUGCGCCGGCUGCGGGAAUCAAUGGUAUUGCAGCAGAGACUGCCAGGUUUCAGCAUGGGACGAGCACUCCGAGGUUUGUUCCGGUUAAUAAUCGCGGAUUCGCUUUUGACAUAUUUAUUUUCUUAUGAAGAGGAGACAUGAAAAUAUAUAUAUACAGUAUAUUAUAUAUUUUCGUAAUAAAAGAUGAAAAGAAAACAAAAAGAUACACCAACAAGAUAGGCGUAAGUUAAACCAAAGAACGGACGGAUUUUAUUUUGUAAAACUUACUUUUUAUCUUGCGAACUGAUAACCGUGGAAGGUUUAAAAAAAAAAUAAAGAUAGAGA